AAUUUGUGUGUGUGUGUGUGAAAUUCUAGAGCGCGCAUUCUAAAAUACUUUGGAAUUUACAUCGUUUUUGAAUUGAUACCAGUCAAAGCGAACAAAGGCACAGCGAGCGAGCGAACGAGCGAGCGAUUAAAUCAAUUGUAACUGAGCAACAUGCAGCUUAGGCGCUGCCUUGGGACGCAGCGAGCGGCGCUUGCCACGCCUACGCCACAAAGACACUAGAGGCUACGACGAGGGGCUGGUGGCACGUUAGCUGUGCAAUGGCGGCCAUAACUAAAGCUGCAACAGCCACUGUAAGCACAACAACAACAUUGGCCAGCAAGCUGCUUGGCAAUCAGUCGAGCCCCAGCGCCGACGGCGACGGCAACGACAGCGGCGAACUUGCGGCCUCAACGACAAGCAGCAGCUACCUCGCGCUCUAUGACGAUGUGGCAAGUGCAUUAGACGAGACACAGGCGGCAGCAGAGGAGGCAGGAUAUGCGUUGAUUGAUGACAUCAGUGAGUGGCUGCUAAGUGCUGCCGCUGGCAAUAAUGUGAGCGAAGCAGCGCCCACCUCCAGCAGCAGCAGCGGCAGCAAUGCCAAUGAAACGCUUAGCUGGACGCUGGACAUGCUCGAGCUGCAGAAUAGCACAUUGCCCAGCAGCAACACCAGCAGCAGCAGCAGCAGCAGCAGCAGCAGCCACAUGGAUGAGCAAAUUGGUGGCGGUGGUGGCGGACUUUAUGCCUUGCGCAAUUUUGUGGAGCAACAGCUGCAAGCUGGCGGCGUUGGCGGCGGCGGCGGCGGCGAGUCCUCGCAGGCUAUUGCGCUGAUUGACAGCGGUGAGGAGAGCGCACUGGAUGCUGCUGCCGCCGAUGGCGAUGUCGACUAUGGGCAGCUGCUGGGCGCCGCUGCUGCUGCUGGCGAUGUGGACAGCACAUCGGAGUUGCUGCAACGCACGGCAACAAGCAUAACGAACCGCACGGCCGCCGCAAUGGCCGAAAGCGAUGCCGUUUGGCUAAGCGGCGGCGGUGCAGCAGCAGCAGCAGCGGGGGCGGCAACAACAAACGCAGGCGGCGGUGGUGGCGGCAGCUCGUUUAUGCUGCUCCUCGAAAACUUCAAUGAUUACUUUCCCAACUACAAUGGCAGCAUCAUUUCGGGCACAAGCAACUCGUUGCUCAGCAGCACAGCGACAACAACAACAACAGCAGCAGCCAGCAGCAGCAGCGGCAGCAGCAGCACCGGAUUGCUGCUGGAACAGCAGCAGCAAAACCUAAGCGCACUCUACACGGACAACUAUCAACUCAAUUGCACACUCAACUCAACGCUGAAUCUAACAUCGGAAUUCUGUCAUGAAAUGCGCAACGUGGACCACAAUUACUGGGCGCUCAUCCUGGUGGUGUUUCCCAUUCUGACGCUCUUCGGCAACAUACUCGUCAUCUUGUCGGUCUGUCGCGAGCGCUCGCUGCAGACAGUGACCAACUAUUUUAUCGUAUCAUUGGCCAUAGCCGAUCUGCUGGUGGCCGUUGUCGUUAUGCCGUUUGCUGUUUAUUUUCUGGUAAACGGCGCUUGGGCCUUGCCAAACGUUGUUUGUGAUUUCUAUAUAGCCAUGGAUGUGAUAUGCUCAACUUCAUCGAUAUUUAAUUUAGUUGCCAUUUCAAUAGACAGAUAUAUAGCUGUGACGCAGCCAAUAAAGUAUGCCAAGCACAAAAACAGUCGCCGCGUUUGCCUUACGAUUUUACUGGUGUGGGCAAUAUCGGCGGCCAUUGGCUCGCCCAUUGUGCUGGGCCUGAAUAAUACGCCCAAUCGCGAGCCCGACGUAUGCGCCUUCUACAAUGCUGACUUUAUAUUGUACUCAUCGCUAAGCAGCUUCUAUAUACCCUGCAUUAUAAUGGUCUUUCUAUAUUGGAACAUAUUCAAGGCGCUGCGCAGUCGUGCGCGUAAGCAGCGUGCGGCACGCAAGCCGCAUCUUUCAGAGCUCACGGGCGGCAGCGUCAUUGAGAACAUAGCGCAGACCAGGCGACUGGCUGAGACGGCCCUGGACAGCAGUCGCCAUGCAAGUCGCAUAAUGCCCGAUGAGCCGGCGACGAAUACGGCCAGCGGCUCCAAUGAGGAGGAGGAUGAGAAUGCCAUAUCGCCCGAUAUUGAUGACUGUCAUGUUAUAGUGAACGACAAGUCCACAGAGUUUAUGCUGGCCACGGUUGUGGAGGAGACGGGCAACAGCGUUGUGGCGCAGAUCAGCACUCAGCCGCAGCUGGUCGUUGCUGAUCCGAAUGGUAAUCAUGAUUCUGGUUAUGCAGCUUCAAACGUUGACGAUGUCCUUGCAGGAGUGAGCGUUGGCGCCGCCGUCAGCAGCACAACGCCGCCGGACAGUCCCAUACCCAGCGGCGCAACUCUGCAUCGCUCCAGUGUCAGCAGCCGACGCAACACCGCCGAAGAUGCGCGCGGCGAAGUAGCGCCUAGCAGCGUCGUCGCCAUGAAGCCUUUGUCCUUUGUGCGCUAUGGAGUGCAGGAGGCCAUGACUUUGGCACGCAACGACUCGACGCUAUCGACCACAUCGAAAACGUCCUCGCGCAAGGAUAAGAAAAACUCGCAGGCGUCAAGAUUCACGAUAUAUAAAGUGCAUAAAGCAUCGAAAAAGAAACGUGAGAAAUCGUCGGCGAAAAAGGAACGCAAGGCAACCAAAACAUUGGCCAUUGUGCUGGGCGUUUUUCUUUUCUGCUGGCUGCCAUUCUUCACCUGCAACAUUAUGGACGCGAUGUGCGCCAAGUUUAGCGAGGAUUGCCGACCAGGGCUAACAACCUUUAUGCUCACCACCUGGCUGGGCUAUCUGAACAGUUUCGUCAAUCCGGUUAUCUAUACGAUAUUCAAUCCAGAGUUUCGCAAGGCAUUCAAGAAGAUUAUGCAUUUGGGUUAAUAAGUUGUAAGUACCAGUGCCAAACAAACAAAAAGAAGAAGAAGUAAAUAAACAAUAUAAAUUAUAAUAGUUAAUGCAAUUGUACGCAAAGCUACAAUACGUAGUUAGAAUUUUAAGAUUGUUGUUAGAUGCCAGGCAAACCACAAGAAAAAUACAAAAGCAAAUAAAUAACAAUUGAUAAUGCUCAAUGUAAAUAUUACAUAAGU